AUCUGUUCACCCACCGAAAACAGACGAAGAAGAAACGUCACCGGAGUGACUCAGGUGUUUGACAGGGAUCAGACCGUCAUAUCCGAUCAUGAGUGUCCCGUGCUCUGUGAGAACGGUGGCCAGAAGUUUCGCCGGUGGAUCAGGACUGUUCAGACCAGCUGUUUGCUGUUCAUGUAAAGACACAGUCACACGUUUCAGAAAAAUGUCAUCAAGGAGACAGACUGACCAUCUAGAGAUAACUGCUAGCGUUCAUAGACAAAUGGAGCUUUUCUCUGCACGUGUUAGUGACAUUAUGAAUGAAUCUGAUACAGUAAAGAGUCUGAGACUGGAGGUACCACAUCCUGACUUCAGCUUCCGUGCUGGGCAGUGGGUGGAUUUCUUCAUCCCAGGUGUGGAUACAGUGGGCGGCUUCUCUAUUUGCUCGAGUCCUGGUCUGCUGCAGAGAGAGGGAGUGAUUGAACUGGCCGUCAAAUACACACGCCAUCCUCCAGCACACUGGAUUCACACCAAAUGCUCUGUGGACUCUCAGGUAGCUGUGAGGGUGGGAGGUAACUUCUACUUUGACCCUCAACCUUCUGACCCUGUGGUGGACCUGUUGCUGAUAGCUGGUGGUGUUGGCAUCAACCCUCUGUACUCCAUCCUGCUGCAUGCAGCUGAUCUGCUCAGACAGACUCAUGGUCACAGGUACACUCCAGGGCGCACACACCUGUGCUACAGUGCCAAGAACACCAAAGAGCUGCUCUCCAAGAACACCAUUAUUGACAUUUGUCACGAGCGACUAGAUAAAUUCUCCUGCGAUUUCCAUGUUACCCAGCAGAGCUCUGACAUAGAGCAGGAACUUCAGCCUUACACCAUAAAUGGAAGGAUAUCAGAAAAGGAACUUCAGUGCUAUGUAGAUCCUGAGCACACAUUGUUAUCUCUGUGGCCCUCCUCCUAUGAUAGAGAAAGUGAGUUCAGACCUGAAGAGAGUCGGCCUGUCGGAGGACAAAAUCCUUUUUGAGAAAUGGUGGUAGCUCAGAUAUUCACAGCGAUGGAUGCAUCUGCAUCAUCAUAGAAACUGACUGUAAUGGCAAUGGACCAGUAAUGCCUUUGAGAUCAGUUGAAACGCACAACAGACGCCGUGUCUGCAUUCUCCACAUUUAAACAGACAAUUAUCCAGACUCUAUGCCCUAUUUUUGUUAUACCUCAUUUUAAAGUUACUCAACCAAUUGACCGUAACCAGCGCUGUAAUGCUGUACAUUAUAGUUCAUUUGCUGGUUAACGGCAUAGGCAUCCUGCUUCAAAGGCAUGAUGAAAGAUUGCUCACUCAGAUUGCACUGGGUUUUUAGAGAUCUGUGUAUAAUUAUGUAUGUUGUUUGCAUUUUAGAACACAUAUUUAUUCAUUAAAAACCUUUAGGGGCAUAGAAAUCAAAAGAGAUAGUUCACCCCAAAAUGAUAAUUCUGUCAUUAAUUACUCAUCCUCAUGUCGUUCCAA